UAUCUUUGUUAGGAGGCGCAAGUCUUGUAACUGGUAUAUUAUUGUUCUUCGAGGCAUUCGUCAAGUUUGGUUGAAGAGCAUUGGCAGUGGAUUUAGACUGAAUGAAUGCAAGCUGGUUAAGCAUGGAAGGGAUUUACUUCACAUCCUCCACGGUCUUUCUUAUCUUGCUCCUCGCUACUACCUCCACAGGUAUACGACGAGAUACACACGGGUGCCAGCAAUGUGAAUAUUUCUUGAGCAAGGCAAUACGAUGCGGCGAUAUUGGUACACAGGCAAACGGCAACUCACGUUUGGUUGCCAAGCCAACUAUGAUGCCAUGGGUACCAACCAAUCAGAUUACAGAAAAUCGUCACAUGGUGUGCGCUUACUCUGGUUCACAUGCUGUUUCAAUGAUACCAUCGACAACACAGGGUAGAACUGAUGAGUCUACCACUGCUCCAUGGCGUACGUCACCACCAGCCUCCACCACCCCCUCCACCACCCCGCCCUCGCGGAUCCAACCUACCGAUCCUCCAACUACAGUUGAUAUCAAGCCCAACUCUUCAACCACUAUUCCCACCAAAGCAGCAACAACCAACAUAACGACAGCAAUCGAAGCUGGUACCAGUGGUACAACCCCGCCAACACAGAGGCAGAGUACUACUACUGUAAAAACUAGUCCACUUACAACCACAGCGGCUACCACACCCACCGCGGCUACCACACCCACCGCGGCUACCACAACCACAGCGGCUACCACAAUCGCAGUGGCUACCACAACCACCGCGGCCACCACAACCACAGCGGCUACCAUAACCACUUUACCUGCCACAACCAAUGCAGCCACCACCACAAACAUGAUCGCCACAACUGCAACGAACACUACAACUACCAGGAGCACCACAACUACCAAGAGCCCCACAACUACCAGGAUAGCCACUACUGAAAUCACCAACCCUGAAUGUAACUACUCCACGAACAUCUUGGAUGAGAUCCAGUUCAAGUUCCCAGCGAUCAUCACCUUCCCCCUUCAUAUUGAUGUCUCCUUCAAGACGGAGAAGAGCGCCAGGAUUGUUCUGACUCGAGAUGAGGCCGAAGAACAAGUUCAGGAAUAUUACGAGAUCACACUGGGUACUCUGUAUGAACAAAGCCGCGCGACCGUAGAACAUUGUAUUCCGGGUCCAGGUUGUCUUCAGCUUCAAAAACUCAACGGAUUUUUGUUAUCUGCGACCGAUUUCAUUCGGGUGUGGGUGGAGUACGAAACCAGCGGUCGAAUCCAAGUCGGAUACCACGGACAACCGGCUAUGAUAGACGUAACCGAUACAGAUCCGAUCCCUGAUAUAGCUUACAUCGGAUUCGUUAACCGGAAUGUGCUUGCUGAGUGGAUAUUUCAUGACUACUGCUAAGAACCUCAGUGACUUCAAUAAAUUUCUAUUCAAAGAACAUUUCUUUCCUUUUUAGACAUUUUAAUUCAAUACAAUGUUAGAAGGCGAGGAUCCCAGAAAAGACAUGCUUACAUUAAGCUUGCCUAAUAUACAAUACUAUUUAAAACAAUACUUUUCUUCAGUUUUUAAUCGCUACUCUCGAUUUGCAUAUGAUUAAUACAAGCAAGUAUUGUAAGGUUAUAUCUAUUCAAAGCCCAUCUCUACUAGUUGACAGGAGGGAUUAGACUACCCUGCAAGGUGUAUCGUUGCUUUUUGUGUUAUCAUGUAAUUUUGAGGGUCUGUUUCUAAUUGAUAUGGAUAUGCACGACUGUUGUACUCACCAAAGUAAUCAACAUUGACAGUCGUUGUAUGUUGGUUAGCUUCUUGGUAGAAAUAAAAAUUGUUUGACCCGAAUGUGUACCAUUUACGUACCUUUUCUUUAAUGAAUAUCUUGCAUGAGUAUAUCAUUUAAUUUCUGACAUGAGAAAUGAUUUUAUGAAGGCACAACGAUUUUUUACAAUGUGCAUCUGGAUGCAGUCUUCUCCUCGGUAUUCAAUUUCAACAUUUUAUUUUCUUCUUCAAUUUUUGGUCCAAUUUCUUUACAGGAAUUGAAAUGUUGGUGGACUAGCUAGUAUAAAUAGCCUUUCAGCAACGAAACGAUAAGGUUAAAGUUAAUUUGUAAGCACUAUUUUGCUGUUGCACUCAAGUAUAUUAAAGUGACUCCGUUGUUGAAGGUUGAUGAAAAUAUUGCUUAAUGAUUGUAUAA